UCCCGAUCUUCUAGCGCUCCACGAUCCACGAUUCGAAUGGCCCUAGCCCUCCUACGACAUAGUGCUCAAUGGAUCCGUUGAGCGUGGCAGCCAGCAUCGCUGGAGUUGCAACUGCCGCUUUUCAGAUCAUUGGGUACCUCGGAACGGUCGCUUCGGGAGGAAAAGAGCGGUUAUCGCUUCUUCAAGAACUGUCGAAUUUGUGGAUCACCAUCACGGCUCUUCAGGCUCAACUUGCGCCCGAUGGAAAUGUCGUCGACAAAGAGAAUUUCCCACCGCAAUUACUGUCUUUGUUUGAGACUGAUGGGAUUUUGAAGGAGCUCGACGGUCUGGUCAAGGAUGUUGAGAAUAAGCUCAAGCCUCGUUCGACGCGUGGAAGCAUUCGUCAAACGCUGGCAUGGCCGCUAGCCAAGGCGGAUGUGAUCCAAAUGGUGGCCAAGAUCUCUCGCAUGCAGCAGACGUUACACUUUGCCCUAGAGCAGUCUAACUAUGCUCUCACGCAAGAGAUCCAUCGAGAUGGCAAGGCAAUGAAAGCCACUAUGGACGAAACGCGGUUGAAGGAGAUGAUAAACUGGUUGUCUCCACUGAAUUUCAUUGCAAAGCAGAGUCUACUCUUCAAAGAGCAGCAUGAAGGAACUUGUAAAUGGUUCCUUGGAUGUGAAGACUUUCGAGCAUGGAAGGAGAGUGAGAACGCCAUUCUAUUUUGUCCGGGAAUUCCAGGCGCCGGAAAAACCAUGUUGUCAGCCAUCGUGGUUAACGAACUAGACAAACUUCGACUCAGUGAAAAAGGUGGUGUCAGAGAUGCGGCAAUUUUGAUGCUGUAUUGCAAAUGGGACGAUUCACAAUCUCAAUCGAUCAACGGUUUGCUCGCAAGUUUGGUCAAGCAGAUCGCCCAGCGCUAUGGUGUCGUUUGGGAAGGGACGUCGGAGAUGUUCUCCAAGCAUAGCAAGGCUGGCACGAGUCCCGGGGUCGACGAGUAUGCGUCGGCUCUGAAAUCCGAGCUUAGUCACUUUCCCAAGACAUUUAUCAUCGUGGACGGGCUCGAUGAGCUGCGAGAUGAGAAAAGCAGGCUUGUGCUUCUGGAAACCCUCACAUCGCUCGAGGCAAAGGUUAAUCUAAUGGUUACAUCUCGACCGGUUGAUAACAUUACACGACAUUUCGCCGACAUCGAAAGAAGCAUUUACUGCGAUGGCUGUGGGAAGCCCGAUCAGCGCUAUCAAUUCCAUUGUUUCGACUGCGAUGAAACAGCUCCUAACGGCUUUGAUCUUUGCGAAGAAUGCUAUGACAAAGGAGAACGAUGUGGUCAUAAAGGCCACAUUCUUGUCAAGCAGUUCAACAGCAUUAGAAUUGACAUCACUGCCAUGGAGCAAGAUUUGUUAGCCUAUGUCAAGUGGAGAGUUGGCUCGUCAGAAUUUCUACAACGUUGCGUGGACACCAAAACGGGUCUGAUGGCAGAUAUUGUGGAGAGGGUCGUUGAGCAGAAUGACGGAAUGUUCCUUCUGGCGAAAUUCAAUAUGGAUACGCUUGCGUCCAAGCUUCGGCCUGGGGAGGUAGUUGAAGCACUGGAUGUCUUGCCAAAAGAGCUGAAUGGUACAUAUAAUGAUGCGAUGCUUCGGAUCAAGGACUUGCCCGAAAGUCAGAAAGAGGUGGCGAUAGACUUUCUUCGAUGGGUCGUCUUUGCCGAACGCCCUUUGGAAUGUCGUGAGGUUGAGCAUGCAAUUGCUAUCUCGGACAGAGAUCGUGACAUUGACCCUGACAAUAUCAUUCGAGUGCAGACCCUGGCCUCGAUGUGUGCCGGGUUAGUGAAGUUCGACGAAUCUGACUGUGUCAGACUGGUUCACUACUCAGCCAUGAAUUACUUUUCCGAAUCUGAGAAUCAGGACCGCUGGUUUCCUGAUGGUGCUAUCAAACUGACUUCUAUCUGCUUGACCUAUCUCAUGUUUGACCCGUUUCAGCAGAGAUGCUCUGGCCCUUCUGAAGCAACUGAUUUUGACGCGAGAGUCAAAGCGUACCCAUUCCUUCAAUACGCCUCUGAGCAUUGGGGCAAACAUCUUUUGAAGACUCCACGUGAUGAUCUUUAUGAUCUUGCAAGGGGGCUUCUUCUUGAUCCGCAACGUUUCGCAGCUAUAUCACAGGCACUGUGGUAUUUUGAUGACGAGGAUUCUGCUAGUUGGGCCGGCAGGGAUGGCAGCACUCCUCUUCACCUCGCUACCCACUUCGGCUUGAACAAACUGGUGGUCGAGCUCCUUGCGGGUGGUUUCAAUCCUAACGUUCGAGAUCUGCAUGGUGUUACACCUCUUGCUUUGGCCUCUAUACGUGGUCUUCAUGAUGUAGCCUCAACUUUAAUUGCCGCUGGUGCAGAUGUGAACUCCAUGGACAACCUCGGAUGCACCCCACUAUACGGCGCUGCCCAGAACGAUCAUCAGUUAACAGUAAAAGCCCUCCUGGAACAAGAUGAUAUUGAUGUCAACCAUCUCGUUGGGGAAUUCACGCCGCUGAUGACUGCUGCAUAUCAAGGACACCUUGAUGUGGUAAAGUCUAUUAUACGAAACCCUAAGCUCGACAUCAACAAAGGCUCCAAAUUACGCGGAACAACUGCAUUGAUGCACGGGGCACUUGGUUACGAGCGGGAAGUUGUUGAUGUGCUUCUGACACAUCCUGACAUUGACAUCAACAUCCAAGAUAAAUCAGGCUCGACCGCUCUUGUCAUGGCCGCUGAAGAUGGAUAUCGCCGAGUGGUCGAGACCCUUCUUGACCAUGGUGCAGAUACCGAGGUCCAGCAAGAGGGAUCGUUUGGAACUGCCCUUAAUCGAGCAAUCGAUUACAAUCAGAUACCCGUUGUUGAGCUAUUGCUUGAUCGAGGGGCGAAUGUUCACCAUAAAGACGUGUUCCAACGGGGAAUGCUACACUCUGCUGCUAUCAAUGCUCGAACUGAGAUCAUCGAUAUCCUGCUGAAGUUUGAUCCAACCUUGGACGUCAACAUGCAGGAUGUGAAUGGGAAAACGACACUUCACGACGCUGCCAGGUCGGGAUCUGCAGCGACAGUCAGGAUCUUACUUUCACACGGUGCCGACCCAACCAUUAAAGACAGCUAUGGCCGCACACCCAUGUUUGUAGCUCGCGAGACAAACAACACUGCCAUUCUUGAAAUCCUUCGAGAGGCAAGGCUGUCGGAGAAAAGGCGGGCAUUGAGCGACAGCGAGCUUCCUCAGCCUCCUCAACGAACCGCAACGGGCACUAUCAUUCAAUCGCCCAUUAGGACGGACACGGAAUUGUCAAUUAACGAACCUUUGCCGAUAUGGGCAUUAUCAAGUGCCGAGUCACUUGAAGAGCUCCGCGAACGACUUCCAACUGCUACCGCGGCUGAGAUCAGUGCACAAGAUCCAGAUGUCGGUGACUCCGCGCUCCAUUACAGCGCAACUCGCAACAACUCCGAAAUUGCUCGCUUGCUAAUCGACCAUGGCGCCCCUUUGAACUUGCCCAACAACUACGGUCGUACCCCUAUACAUCUGACAGCUCUUUACAACAGCGUCGAAGUUGCAGAUAUUCUCCUGGCUGCAGGUGCUGAUGUCAACAUCAAGGACGAGUGGGGCGAAUCUCCCUUGGCGACAGCCACAGCGUAUGAGCAGAGCAUCAGUGCUGCACUAAUUGAGCACGAUGCUACCCUGCCUCAAGAUCGUCGCGAGCUGAAUACCAUGCUCGAGCUAGCGGUCAUAUAUGGGAAGAAGACUGCUAUUCGGCGACUGGUGGCAGCUGGUGCGGAAGUUUGGAGAAAGAAUGCACUGGGGCAUACACUAUUUGCCCUGGCACGGGCUUAUAAUCACCACGACAUUGCCAAUCUGCUUUUGGAACUCGGAAAAAUUUCAGAUACGGCAUCAUCAGAAGAGUCCAUGAUCGCAUCUGAAGAAGGAACCUCGCCGCCAGACCCAGCUGACAAGACGUCUGCUGUCGAGCCAUCCCAAACGGUAUCUCAGGAGAAGAUCGAAACCUUGGCUGCCUCCCCAGACUCUAUGCCAUUGUCAGGCAGCAGUCUUAUGAGCACUGAUUCGGCAAAUAAGAGCUUCGGUUCAACGGAUUCCCCAUUGAAGGAAGAUAUUCAUGAAGUGACAAACAUCACAGUCAAGCCAACUGUGAUAGCAAAGAGCAGCAUAGCAGGCCAGUGGUCAAAUUUCAUAUUUACACACAGUUGGGUCCUGUGGAUUUCAAUAGCAGUACUGAGUAUGGGUGCUGCUGCAUUGUCUAUAUCCUGAGAGAGAACUGGUGACAUAACGAAUGGGCUCUGUAUGUACAAAUAGUAAUCUUCAUAACUCAUACCAUCAGCUUCGUUGUA